GCUACUUCACCUUCCCCGCCGCCGACUCGAAGAACAUUAAAGAAAAUCACUGCACCAACAAUUUCACCAAUUUCCACCGAAAAGCAAAAAACGACUCCUGCUUCCCGAAGACGCCCUCCCACGAACUGACCCCAACUCCAUCCCACGAACGCACAAACCCCUUAGGGCCAACCACCACUCUGUUACCCAACCGAUCUCCUCGAUUUCCACAACUCCCAAGCUUCGAUAUCCUCCUUCGAACAGGGUUCCAUUGCGUCUCGCGCCCGUGCUUGACCGGUAUCGCACACCUCCAUCCCUGAGGAUCAAUUCUCCCCCCCUUCUCCGAUCGCGUUUGGUGAUUUGCCCACCAAUUUUCGAAAUCCCAACAUUACCGCACUGUUGCGCACUCUCGGUUGCGCAUUCCCCACGGCCUCCGAUCAACCCCAACAACAACCACAAUGACAGACAGCCUCAUCGACAAGCUCAAGGCCUCCACUCUAAACGAUGGCUCGGGCCCUGAGGACUGGAAGAUGAACCUAAGGCUUCCUGCGAAGGACACGAGGCAACAGACAGAGGACGUGACCAACACGAAGGGCUUGGACUUUGAGGACUUUGGUCUCAAGCGUGACCUGCUUAUGGGCAUCUUCGAGGCUGGGUUCGAGAAGCCAUCCCCCAUUCAAGAAGAGAGCAUACCGGUAGCUCUCACCGGUCGCGACAUUCUCGCGCGCGCCAAAAACGGCACCGGCAAGACCGCCGCUUUCGUCAUCCCCGCCCUGGAAAAGAUCAACCCCAAGGUUUCCAAGAUCCAAUGUCUCAUCCUCGUCCCGACUCGCGAACUGGCAAUGCAGACAUCCCAGGUGUGCAAGACGCUCGGAAAACAUCUCGGUAUCAACGUCAUGGUCACAACAGGUGGAACUGGGCUUCGGGACGAUAUUGUCCGGUUGCAGGAUCCCGUCCAUAUUGUGGUCGGAACCCCCGGAAGAAUCCUCGACUUGGCUGGCAAGCAAGUUGCGGACCUCAGCGAAUGCCCUAUGUUCAUCAUGGAUGAAGCCGACAAACUACUUUCUGUGGAGUUCACGCCCGUUAUUGAGCAGCUUCUGAGGUUCCACCCCAAGGACCGCCAGGUCAUGCUCUUCUCCGCCACCUUCCCCAUCUCGGUCAAGGAUUUCUCGGACAAGAACAUGACCAGCCCUUACGAGAUCAACCUCAUGGACGAACUUACCCUGCGCGGAAUUACACAAUACUACGCCUAUGUCGAGGAGAAGCAGAAGGUCCACUGUCUCAACACUCUCUUCUCCAAGCUACAGAUCAACCAGUCCAUCAUCUUCUGCAACUCGACCAACCGCGUCGAGCUUCUUGCCAAGAAGAUCACCGAACUCGGCUACUCAUGUUUUUACAGCCAUGCUAAGAUGGCCCAGCAGGCUCGUAACCGCGUGUUCCACGACUUCCGCAACGGCGUCUGCCGUAACCUCGUCUGCUCCGAUCUUUUGACCCGCGGCAUCGACAUCCAGGCGGUGAACGUUGUCAUCAAUUUCGAUUUCCCGAAGAAUGCCGAGACGUACCUUCACCGCAUUGGCCGCUCCGGUCGGUAUGGCCAUCUUGGUCUGGCUAUCAACCUGAUCAACUGGGACGAUCGGUUCAACCUGUACAACAUUGAGCGCGACCUCGGCACCGAGAUCCAACCGAUUCCCCAGACCAUUGACAAGAGCCUUUACGUGUACGAGAAUCCCGAGAGCAUCCCUCGGCCGAUCUCCAACUUCAAGGCUGGUUCGACCCCGCAGCAGCAGUUCCCCCAGCAGCAGUUCCCGCAACAGCAGUUCCCCCAGCAACUCCAAACCCAACAACAAGACCAACAACAGCUGCUGCCACAACAGCAGCAGCAACCGCAGAACCCGCCGGUGGAGUCGCAGUCCCCAGUACCGCAACCGGGCGACUGGCAAGGACAGGGCCGUCAGAACGGUUCUGGCCCUCAAGGCCGCGGAGGGUUCCAGGGUCACCGCGGGCCCUCUGGUGGCCACCGUGGUGGGCGUUCCCGCGGCUUCCAGCAAGGACAAGGUGGACGCCAGAACUACGGUGGCCACCGCGGCGGUCGUCCGCAGGGCCAGAGUCAGCCCGCGUCUCCUGCUCAGCAAGCCUAACUUUCCUUCUUCCGCAUCUCUCAGGGGUGUUGGGAGGAGGCGGCGCUAGGAGUCAGGGGGCUGUGUCUUAUUUUGUCUGUUUCGGAUUGUACAUAUUGCUCGUUCUUUUUCCCCCCCCACACGCAUCCCUUCCGAUAGGGAGUAGCCGGUUAUCCAAUCCGCCCGGCUCCGAUUCUUAUGAAAUCUUUUCGACAGCCGCCAGUCGCU